AUGAUUUGUCACCCAAAAGACCAACAAAUCGACCGGAAGAAGGCUGAGCAAAACAAAGUUAGCAAAGAUAAGAAUCCUAGGGGAAUUCUGAUGUUGGAUGAAAGUCAAAAAGAACAUCAAACCUCGAAGAGUUAAAGACCCUCAUCCAAAAGAACACAUCAGAACACAAUCUAGCAUAGCAUCAUCAAACAAGGAAAUAUCAAGAAACGAGAACUAAUGAUUUCUUCUUCAAUGACUUCAACAAGUUCAUCCAACUCAUCAAUCUCAACUACCAUCUCAACCAUCUCAACUUCACCAUCAAAUCAAGCUCGGACUCAUCAUCAUUCAUCAUUCUCAUCAUCUUCAACACUAAUCCUCACCAUAUUUCUUUCGGCCUCACUUACACUCUUCAACAAAUCAAUCUAUACCACAUUCAAUUUCCCAUUCCCCUUCCACAUCCUCGCCCUUCACUUUGCUUCGAUCUCUCUGACGUCUAGACUUCUUGUUAAAUGGACUCGACCAAAGGAAUAUGCAUCCUAUCAAGAACGCGUCACUUGGCCAUUUUGGUUCAAAAAUGUUUUGACGGUUGGUUUGGCUUACGGAUCGGCUAUUUUGUGCUCAAAUCUGGCGUAUCUCUUACUCUCAGUCUCAUUUGUUCAAAUGCUCAAAGCUUUCACUCCCGUCGUACUGGUCGUCGCUACUGCUAUACUUGAACAACAGAUGCCCCCCGCUCGCUCAGUGGUGGUGGUUUCAAUCAUAUCCAGUGGUGUAGCUGUUGCAGCCUAUGGAGAAAUCCACUUCGUCUUGAUUGGCGCACUCUGUCAAUUUGCUGGCUCACUAGCUGAGGUUGCUCGUUUGAUUGCAACACAGCGCCUCUUGCAGGAUCUAAAUGUCGAUCCACUAGUCGCACUAAGCGCUCUGUCACCCAUCUGUUUUUCAAUGGCUGUCAUCUUGGCCCCUAUCUUCGAAGGGCUUGAGCCAAUCUCCCUCAUCGUUCCUCGACUUGGCUUGCCUGUCAUCUUCGCCAGUAUCUUACUCGCCCUCGCUCUCAACGUCGUCGUCCUCUUUCUUGUCAGCUGCACAAGCGCUCUAGUCCUUACACUGGCAGGUAUCGUGAAAGAUAUUGGACUGAUAGGCGGAUCAGUCAUCUUUUUGGGAUCUCAUAUCACAUCGACUCAAAUCGGUGGUUACCUGGUUGCUACUGGUGGUCUAGUCUAUUUCCGGUUUAGCAGACCCCCUGCUCUCCAUUCCAAAAUCGAAACUCCAACUUAUAAAGAAGUCGAUUAUGAAAUUUUACCUAUGGAGUCCCGUGAUUAGAGUCAUGUCUUCUUACUUUCAGUUGUUCAUAGUCUUACCAAACGAAAAUAAUGCUUUGUCUCUUUUUGGGUAUGAGAUUUGUCUUGAGUAAAGUUUGAGAUAUUUGUCUUUUGACAUUGCUCACAGUCUCACAGGGGUUCUUUCAACAAUAGAUUUCUUUUCUAUCCUUGCUGACUUCACAUCUUCCUUAUAUUUUCAAACCCAGUCUCAAAGACCUAAUUCUAAUUGCUAGGUGAUAACACAUCAUCGUCAUCCAUCAUCAAAAAAUAUUUUUUUGUUCUUGUUUAACUUUUCUGAUCUCUAUGAAACCUUUUUAUGUUGUCUUAAUCGUUUUCGCCCAACUAAUUAAUUCAAUCUUAAAACUGAUCCACUGGCU